UUUGAAGUACAAAAUACCGUACUCUGGCAACAUGGCGUACGUCGAAACGGUGCUGCGAGGAUGGGGGCUUGGGGAUUAUGUGGACAAAUUUGAAGAGCAAAAGAACAAUCUAGCCUUUGGCUUGUUACCAGUACUAUUUCCAGGUAGAAGAAAGGGGAAAGGGGGCAGAUAUUCAACCCGGGAAGCACAACUAGGAUUCAUAGAUGUCCAAAAUGAAAACCUUGCACUAGACAAGUUCCUGGAAGAUAUUGUACCUGAAAGUCGACCUCAACCGUUCAUACUAGUCAUUGGGUCUCUCCUUAAACCAGUGCAAAUUUUCAUCAUUGUGGAAAGGCGGGCAUUGGAACAAAGUAGCUUAAUGAAAGCCGUAGAUACAUGCUAUAAAGCAGUGUAUGUCCUGGAUCUAGAAUACCAGCCUCAGUGUUGUGGUGCGUGGGAGUUCCUACAAACAUACAUUUAUGAGAUGAAAGGAGCUGUAAAAUGCAGUGCGAUCAGGGAGUUCAGAAUCUUCGAGACAGCCUAUGAGUCAAUAAUGAAUACCAACAUCUAACUGUCCUCAUGUGAGCUAGCAAGUUUAUUGCCUUUCCAGAUACUUUUGCUUAAGAGAAGUUCCUGUGUUGAUAAAUGUUUUGUUAAACUUUCUCUUUUUUUUGGAGGGGGGGGGGCGGUUAAUUGACAAAGUGAAUGUCAAACUGUAGACUGUUUAGUCGACUCGUUAUCUGAUAUCUGAAGCCAGUUUGCAGCCCGCAUUCAAUAACUAUACUUUGUUUCGCUUCAACUUCAGUAGUGAUGACACUGUUUUGUAGUGUACGCAAUGCUUUACGCACCUGCAAAGUUUCACAGUGAU